UAACAUGCAGAACGGCAUCUAUGUUCCGCAUAUUGGCAAGGUCCUCUGCAACACUAAACACUUCUACUGGUGGACGCAGUCGGAGUUGAUUUGGACAAGAAAAUGAGGCUGGUGAUUGAAAGGCAUCCUAAAAGCAGGAUAUAACUCGGGUUGGCUACCAACCUACCUAUCUAAAUACCCCAAACCAUUUUCACUUGAGCCCAUCCAUUUUUCCCCGUCUCGACUAUCAAAGACUCAAAAUGCUGCUGCAAGCUGCUCUAGGCGUUAUUCUCGCUGGGGCUAACACUGUCACAGCCCACGGAUACAUUGACGAAUGGAACAUCGACGGCCAAAGCUACACCGGGUUCAACCCGACCACAGCGCCGUGGGCGCCUGACCAGGGUACCAUCAGCUGGCCGGCUUGGAACACUGACCUGGGGCCUGUAUACGGUAGCGACGUGGGCAGUCCCGACAUUAUCUGCUCGAUCAAUGCCACCAACUCCAACAAAUACCCCGUCCCCGUCGCUGCCGGCAGCACCAUCCGACUGCACUGGACGGCUUGGCCCGAGUCUCACCACGGGCCCAUCUUCACGUACCUGGCGGCCUGCAACGGAGAUUGCGUCACAGCGGACAAGGAACAGCUUCGGUGGUUCAAGAUCGAAGAGGUCGGCCAGAUUUCCUAUGGCCCCGGGGGUGGCACCGCUGGCGUUUGGGCUGCCGAUCAGCUGCGUCUGGCUGGAGGAGACUGGGAUGUCACCAUUCCCUCCUCCAUCAAGGCCGGAAACUACGUCCUCCGCCACGAGAUCCUCGCCCUCCACUCUGCCUACGACGUUGGUGGUGCCCAGUUCUAUCCCCAAUGCACCAACAUCCAGAUCACUGGCGGUGGCGAUGCCACCCCGGAAGGCGUGGUGGGAACAUCCCUCUACACCAAGGACCACCCGGGCGUGCAAUACAACAUCUACGAUGACAACACCAAGCCGGUUUAUCAGAUGCCCGGCCCUCCGUUGAUUUGAUCGGUACAGUGGUACGACUAAUAACGGUCGCUGUGUUUUGCGAUUACCUGCUGAUAUGAAAGACAGCUGGGGCUUCAACGUGACCAGGAAGACGCCACGGGGAGAUUGGAUCAAGCGUGGGGCAAAGGGGAUGUGAGAGUGAAGAAGUGAGCGAGAGAAGGCGAGGAAAAGAAUGAAAGGGAAACAGGGGGCCAGGAGGAACUAAGAAGUGAGAGCAGAUGCGGUCCCCUAGAUCCUGCAGUGCAGUAGACACGUCAAGUACCUCACUUCCUCAUCAAGAUCGACGGGUUGAGAUAUCCUCACCACUACUGUUGAUGCCAUCAUCUCAACUUGCACUCGUCCAAUAGGCGAUAGGGGACACGGCCCACUUCCUUGGGGCAAUCUGCGAUGCC